AAAUAUUUUAAUUGCACGAUUUGGCAGUGUCUGGUUUACUAAUAACUUUCUACUUUGAAAGACAAGACUCCUAAGACUGAAAAAGAAAUAAACAUGUUUCCUGUUCCAAGUUUACUAACGGUUGCCAAAUAUGGGUUUAUUAGCAUGGUUGUUACAAGUGCUGGAUUUCUUAUUGGGAACGUCAUUGUUAUGAAACACCAUACAGGUGAGCCUUUGGACGAUUUGGUGUACAAACCCAGGACUUCCCGACAGCUGGAAGACACAGCGCCUGGUUUGGACAGGGGAUACAGCAAAUGCUUCACAGAGCCGACGAAAACAUUCUGCUUCCGAAGUGCCAAUGAACCUUUCAAAAUUUCCGAUGUUGACGAAAGAGAAAAGGAGGACGAAAUUCAACCAAUACGUGGUGGCAUUCGACGGAAUCCUGUUUAUUCAUUACUAAGCAAAUUCAGCAAAUAUAUGAAUUCCCUGGGUAUUCAGGCAGUGAUUUUGGAGCCAUCAAUGCUGUUUUGCGCAAUUUCCUCUUCAAAUAAAUACAAUUUGUUAAUCAAGGACUUUAAUCCCCAUGAAUUUCAAGGUUCUCAUCAGACGGUAACGGUGGGGAUUUUCGAAGACGACGCAAAGAUUUUGGAUGAAACAAUUUGGGAAGACUCACAGAAUAAAACAUCGAAAUACAGUUUCGAGGCAUUCAGGAUUCGCAAAUGGCUCAUAGAUGCGCAGCAGGGCGAACACGCUUUGUAUAGCGUCCACUUCCUCUUCUCACGUGGUAGUCUUGAGGUGCACGUGGUCGUGCUAUUCACGCGGAACGGCUAUCUCUGGCAUUCCGGAACUGAUCUUCCUUCUCGUGACCUUCUCUUCGUUAAAGAAGGAACGUAUGAGAACUUCACCACUUUUCCUUUGACAUUAAAAGAUGACCAAAACCUGAAUCUGUAUUUGCCAAGCAGCCCUGCGCAAUUCUUGCUCCAGAUUCCACAUUCAGAAUUCUUAAACUGUCAACCUUCGGAAGAAGUGAAAAUAUUUCCUCACCCAACUUUGACCGAAGAUCAGCUGGUAAACAGAGCUGUUAUCGCUAUUCAAGAGUUGAAGGCUUCUUUUCAAACGCAUUUCGUGACCUUCUGGAUCUGGACAGAAUCUUUGAGUGGAUGGUUUGCCGCCUGCAACAUUUUUCAGGAGACGUAUGAACUGAAUGUAGCCGUAUUUAGCUCGUCUGUGAAACGAUUGAAUUUAACUGAAAUAUGGGCAAAUAACAAUUACUUGGAAUUCUUAGAAUCUCAUUACAUGGAUGGGAGAGCUGUUCGUGUAACUCUCGGCUGUUUCGGUUUGCGAAUAAAUAUUUUUAUUUGUCAAGAAGGGAGAGAGAUUGUUUGGUACCAUCGAAAAACAGAAGAGGAUGGCGGGUCGAGAAGAGAGAUUCCUUUCAAGUUCCGACUGUGUUCUUCCGACGUGUUGGGACAAAGAAUCAACGUUCCUUGUGAAAGCGGUCAGAUAGUUCAGCAACAAACCAGGCUUGCAGAAUUGACCACAACUGAUACAUUAGAUACGAACGGAAAAUAUAUGCUUGCUAACUUAUAAUGAUAUUUAAAUG